CAGAGAUCUAUUGGCAAAGGACGCAAAGAUGUGGACUGAGAAGUCCAAAUUGGGUUGGGUUUGCCCAUGUUUAUAAGCAGGAGAUAAUGCGCUUAAUAAAUUAAGCAUUUUUGUAAAGUGUCUUUUUCCCUUAAUUCAUCUCCCCCCUUUCUCCUGUUCAUUUCCCAGAAUCAGUGCCACUCUGUUAAAAACUUCAAAUACUGUACAUACAAUUCUACAAAUGUCUCCUUCCAAAGAUUCUUCAUCCAUACAGGCACCUACAAAGAAAAAGCGCAAGGUUUUUAAACGACGAGUUAAAAUCAAGACAAGAAAGAGAGCCCAAAUCGCAGAAAAGAAGAAAGAAAAAGAAAAUGUUACUCCACUUGUAAGAAAGUACUGGCUUCAAAGGUACGAUCUUUUUUCAAGAUAUGACGAGGGUAUCAAAAUGGAUGAAGAAGGUUGGUUUUCCGUCACUCCGGAGGAAAUUGCUGCCCGGCAGGCACGCUGGUGUGCCGGUGCCGGAGUGGUCAUCGACGCCUUUGCUGGCGUCGGUGGCAAUGCCAUUCAGUUUGCACAAAUGUGUCAUCAUGUUGUUGCAAUCGACAUUGACCCAAAAAAGGUUGCACUGGCAUCUGAUAAUGCAAAGAUAUAUGGUGUAGAAGAUUACAUUGAUUUCAUUGUAGGAGACUUUUUCCAACUCGCUCCCUUUUUGAAGGGUGAUGUGGUGUUCCUAUCACCACCUUGGGGAGGUCCAUCAUAUAAAGCAAAAGAAAGUUUCACUCUUGACUUGCUGAAGCCGAAAGAUGGGCAUUCCCUAUUUCAAGUUGCUCAAGCAAUAACACCUAACAUUAUUAUGUAUUUGCCUCGAAAUGUGGAUUUACUCCAAGCAACUGCACUUUCAUGGUUGUCGUCUCCACCUUUAGAUGUCGAGAUUGAAGAAAAUUUUGUGAGGGGCAAUUCAAAGGGCAUGACCAUCUAUUUUGGUGACAAUAUAUUCCCAUAGCUCAGCGAAUCUCAUACUCUCGAGAUGAAGCCUUUUUUUAAUAAUGUGCUGCCAUUCUCACUGCACUAUGUAAAUAUCAGUUCGAAUUAUGUUGAAAAUGUAAUAUAAAUCAACGAACUGACUGUUUCUUUGUUAUCAGUUUGCAAUUCGAAUCAGUGAUAGUGAAACAUUUGAUUUUGUACAUUAAUUUCUCGUGGAAUGAGAAAAAGAAUGCCUGUAUAUUUUACAUCAAAAUUAUAUCUUAUA